AUGUCGAUUGACGUAAAGUUACUUAAGCUACGCCACAAAGCUCUUAAGUUUUUCAGCAUCAAUAUUGGAAAUGGUGAUUCAACCUCUUUCUGGUGGGAACCAUGGACUCCUUUUGGUUCUCUUUACCAUUUUCUUGGUUCAGAUGGCCUUACUCAUCUCGGGAUCCCUCUGUUUUCAACUGUGGCUGAAUUGAGAAUUAAUGAUGGGUGGUCUCUCCCUAAUGCUAGAACAGAGAGACAAGUUCUUCUCCUCUCGUUCAUCUCUACUAUUACCAUGUAUUCUUCAUUUGAUACUCCCGUUUGGGCAAUUGAUGGUAUUCCUUAUAGAUAUUUCUCUUCAAAAGCUGUGUGGAAUGCUGUUAGAAUUUCAAAACCAGAAAACUUUUGGGCUCCUCUUGUGUGGCACAAGGCUACCAUCCCUAGACAUGCCCUAACCUCAUGGUUGUUUUUACUCAAUCGUAGCCCUACUCUUGAUCGUCUGUCUACUUGGGGCUAUGAUGUUGAGUUAAAUUGUCUCCUUUGUGGUUUAGCACAUGAAUCUCGAAACCAUCUUUUUUUUGAAUGCGUCUUCUCUACUGAGGUUUGGAGAUUCAUAACACAACGUCUUCAGAUCUCAUCUCCUCCGCUUUUAUGGGAUCAAGUCCUCAUUUGGUUGUCAACAACUUCAGUAUCUAAGCACAAAAGACUAGCUCUCCUUCAAGGCUGGCAGGGUGCGAUCUAUGAAUUUGGCGAGAGAGAAAUCGACGCUUCCAUGACGGUCUUUCCCUCUCUCCGGUUCAAGUAG